AAGUCAAAGCAGCUCUACCGAGAUCGACAGAGAUCACAGGUUGUAGUCAUCUGACAAAAAGCUGUCAUAUGACCUGUAAUGAUUCAAUAAAGAUACUGGUUGGAGAUGCAGAAAAAAUUAUGUACGUAGGACCUGUAGUCAUACAUGUAAGACCAACACUCUAGACGAAUUACAUUACAUUACUUAGGCAAGUUCCGUUCUUGUCUGAACGCCUGGACAUGGGUAACAUGUAUUUUGUUAGUUUGGUGUUGUGUUUCCUUGCUAUUAUGGGUCUUACGUGGGCUGACUACGCUCCUGACGAGGUCACAGAACUACCGGGAAUGGGUUUUAAACCAAACUUCAGGCAAUGGUCUGGCCAUCUGAAAGCCAGCCCUGGAAAGUUUCUCCAUUACUGGUUUGUGACAUCACAGAGGGACCCACUGACAGACCCUGUUGUGCUGUGGCUGAAUGGAGGUCCAGGCUGCAGCUCUCUGGACGGCCUUCUAUCAGAGAACGGCCCCUUCCAUGUGAACGAUGAUGGGGAAACUCUGUACGAGAAUAAGUUUAGCUGGAACAGGAUCGCCAACGUUCUGUACCUAGAGUCUCCUGCAGGUGUGGGGUACUCCUACUCUGAUGACCAGAAGUACAAAACAGAUGAUGACCAGGUGGCAGAUGACAACUACCUAGCUCUGCAGAGUUUCUUUACCAAGUUUCCAAACUUCACACAAAAUGAGUUCUUCAUUAUCGGUGAGAGUUAUGGUGGGAUCUAUGCCCCGACACUCAGCCAGCGUGUGGCCACAGGGACAGCAAAAAUUAACUUCAAGGGCUUUGCAGUGGGUAAUGGCCUGAGUAGCUACGCCCUGAAUGACCAGUCUCUGAUCUACUUUGGCUACUAUCACGGCCUAUUUGGAGAACAAUUAUGGACAGACCUGAACACGAACUGCUGCAAUAACGGAAUCUGUAACUUCUUCAAUAACAGCAAGGAGGACUGCAAGAGAUUGGUGGGCCAGGCCUUCAGUAUCGUGUAUGAGUCUGGGCUGAAUGAGUAUGCACUUUACCUGGACUGUGAAGGUGGAGUCAGGGCCAGAGCUUAUGAGAGGAGCAUGAGCCACCUCUUAAGAAACUACAGGAAGUACUGGAACACCUACCAGGUGAAGUCUUCGGCUGGUCGAGCUCCUGUGGGUGAAGUUCCUCCAUGCAUUAACAGUACAGCUCAGAUUAACUGGCUCAACCGGGGUGACGUGAGGAAAGCCUUACACAUCCCUGAUACACUCCCACCCUGGGACAUCUGCAGUGACGUUGUGGGAGAACAAUAUACCAACCUAUACCCAUCUGUAAAGGAUGUGUACUUGAAGCUGCUGUCUAUUGGGGUCCGUGCAUUGGUCUAUAAUGGAGACACUGACAUGGCCUGCAACUUCCUAGGAGACAAGUGGUUUGUGGAGCAGCUCAACCAGACAGCCACCACUAAGUACCAGACGUGGAUAUCUGAUAACCAGAUUGCCGGCUUCUAUGAGCAGUAUGGAAAUAUCACCUUCCUGACUAUUAAGGGCGCUGGUCACAUGGUGCCUCAGUGGGCUCCAGGCCCUGCCUUACAAAUGUUCCAGUCCUUCUUGUCCAACAAACCCUACUGAGCAUGCUCCUGGGGCUGCUUCCAGUGUCGGGACCUGUUAGUGGGCAAGGAUGACUGCCCUUCAUUCUCAGGGAAUGUUCACCAUGAAAUGGGAUCUGUCCAAAGUUAUUUUUUGUUUGAAUUAUUGAUCAAAUGAUAGUGUUGCAUGUCAAUUUAGUUCAUUAAAUCAAAGCCACUAUCUGUAACAUAGCAAGUCUGCAAGAUUGUAAUCAGACAAUGUUCUUGAAAUAAACCACAUUUAAUAGCCUUACAGAAAUAUUUAAACAUUUAAAACACCUAAACAAUGUUUGUAUUAGUGAUGCUGUGUAACCCAUUUCACUGUAAUUUGCCUGUUUUCUAUUUUUUUAACAUUGUGUUUUAAGUUGUUGCCACUUGGAGAGCUAAAAUGCUGUUGAUAUCCAACUGCUGAAAAGUAUAAGAUUCAUUGCCUUUCUAAUUAAUGCAUCUCAUAAAAUGUUUUUUAUUUC